CCCCAGCCUGGGCGCGCCUGGGAGGCCCGGGUGGGAGGGACCGACUGAGUUCCCAGUCCCGCACCUCGGGGCCCCGCCGCUUCCGCCAGUCCCUGGGGCGUCCCAGGGAAGCCUAGACGCCUUGCCUUGGGGUCUGAGCAGUCGGUAAGUCACUCUUCUCAUCCUGCCACUGUCCCGGCUGGUGUGACGACAAUGUGAUUGGCUCCUUUCCCUCCCUGGGGCGAAAGCAGCCAUCCCUAGGAUGGUGGUGAAUUUGGAGGUCGCACUUCCUCCGGGGUGGAACUGAGACUCUGAGGACUGGAUUGCCCAGUGACUCCUAUGCCAGUGCAGGAGACUUUUGAGAUCCUAUGUGCCCUUCAGAGCUCCUGGCCCUGGCCCCAGAAGGGACUCAUGGGGACUUGGUUCCCUUCCCUCCUGGCUUGUUCUGCCAGGCCCGGAUCACGAGGAUGGUGUGGGCUGAGAAUGACUUCAUCCUGUUCAUGUAGAUGGGGAAACUGAGGCCUCUACUGAACUCUACCCUGCCCCCUUUAUAUGCAGAACGGCUGGGCACUGCAGCCCACACCCCUGCCAGAUGAAACCAUGACACACUUGCUGGAAGGAGGCCAGGGUCUCAGAGCCUCAUGGACACUGUGGAGACUAGGAAACUGAAGCCUGAGGAAAUGGAAUGGUUGGCUCCUGGCCAUCCAGGCAGAGACAAGAGGGCACAGAGAGGUUUAGUCGCCAUCGGAGAUCACACAGCCAGCCAGGGCUGAGAUGGCAAUCCACCCUGGUCCUGCUGAUCGCUGCCUCUUGGGACUCCUGUGCUCCCUCAGAUCCCGCCUCUUCCGGACUCUUCUGCUCUUGCUGUGGACCCUCCUGAGCUGUCAUUUGGGGGGCACUGCUCAGGGUCCGGGGGAAUGGACGCCCUGGGGGUCUUGGAGCAGGUGUUCCCUCUCGUCCGGGAGCCCCUCCCUCCGCCGCCUGCCCGGCCGCGCCCUCUGCCUGCCCACACACGCAGUGUGCCCUUUAAUCCCACGGAGCCUGCUGGAAUGCGGACUUCCCGGGGAGGAACCUUGCUGGGGGGACAGCCACGAAUACCGGGUGUGCCAGCAGCCGGACUGCCCCCCAGGGGCAAUACCCUUCCGAGACUUGCAGUGUGCUCUCUACAAUGGCCACCCUGUCCUGGGCACCCAGAAGACAUAUCAAUGGGUGCCCUUCCAUGGGGCACCCAACCUGUGUGACCUCAACUGCCUGGCUGAGGGCCACGCCUUCUACCACAGCUUUGGCCGUGUGCUGGAUGGCACCCCCUGCACCCCGAGGGCCCAGGGCCUCUGCAUAGCAGGCCGCUGUCUGGUGAGGACCCUGGGCCCCGCCCCACCACGCUCAUUUCCCUGCAGACCCGGCCUUUACCUGUGCCUCGAGGACCGCUGCGGCCUCUGCGGUGGCGCCAACGACUCGUGCCUGUUCGUGCAGCGCGUGUUCCGCGACGCCGGUGCCUUCGCCGGCUACUGGAACGUGACUCUGAUCCCCGAGGGCGCCAGGCACAUUCGUGUGGCUCAGCGCAGCCAUAACCACCUGGCGCUGGUGGCCCGCGACGGGCACUACGUGCUCAACGGCGACGGGGUGCUCAGCCCACCUGGCACCUAUGAGGCCGCGGGUACCCGCGUGGUGUACACCCGGGGCGCGGGCCCCGAAGAGACCCUGCAGGCGGCCGGGCCCACGUCCCAGGAGCUGUUGUUGCAGGUGCUGCUGCGGGAGCCCAACCCAGGCGUGCACUUCGAGUUCUGGUUGCCCCGGGAGCGCUACGGUUCCUUCCAGGCGCAGGCGCAGGCCCUGGGCUGGUCUCUGCGGCAGCCCCAGCCUCGGGAGGUGGAGCCUCAGCCUGCAGAGACCCCUGUGGUCCCCGAGGCCAUCCCUGCCCGGGCUGCAUCCCAGACACCAGACUCCUGCGGGCCAUGCCCUGACAGCCGGGGUCGCGCACACCGCCUUCUGCACUACUGCGGCAGCGACUUUGUGUUCCAGGCCCGCGUGCUGGGCCGCCACCGCCAGGCCCAGGAGACGCGUUAUGAGGUGCGUGUCCUUCUCAUCUACAAAAACCGCUCACCGCUGCGCACUCGAGAGUAUGUGUGGGCGCCAGGCCACUGUCCCUGCCCACCACUGGCCCCCCAUCGAGAGUACCUGUUGGCUGCCAGGCGACUGGUCAGCCCUGAUGGUACACGGGACCGGCUACUGCUGCCCCACGCUGGUUAUGCCCGGCCCUGGAGUCCUGCAGAGGACAGCCGAGUUCGCCUGGCUGCCCGGCGUUGUCCAGUCUAAACCCCCAGAGCUUCACCAGGCCCUUGUUCUGGUGUCGUGUGACUCAGGAAAAUCUCCUGCCAGGAUAUUUUGAGACAGGGUCUCACUGUGUAUGUAACCUUGGCUGGCCUGAAACUUGCUGCAUAGACCAGGCUGACCUCGAAGUCACAAAAGAUCCAUCCGCCUCUGCCUCCCGAGUGCUGGGACUAAGAUGUGUAGUGUGCUGUAUCUAAGAACGUUAAGGACCUUCAAUAUCCUGGCUGCCUUUCCACCAAACGACUUCGGCCCAUCACUUUCUAAACUACUAUUUAAAUUCUACAAGAACUUGGAAAAAGAACAAGCCCUUCCCAACACUUAUCAGCUGUACAGGCAUGGGGACACACCUACUGUGCUCAGACACACCCAUUACCAUCCUUUCCUGACCCCGCCCCCCAGGGCACUGGACCCAUGGCCGGACCAGCACAUGAAGUGUGAGAGUUUGGGACACACAGGAGGAGACAUCUGUCCAGGCUAUGAGUUCAUUUCAUCUUCUGAACACCAUGGGUGUCUGUCCUGAAGUGUGUUCUAAACAACACCCCAGGGGGGUGUUCCUUAAGGCUGUCCCUCUGUCAUAUGGUCUAACCUGUCCACAGUGACCUUCCGGAUCUGGGAUCCAGAGGCUAGCGGACUCUCAACCUUGUCCUUGCUUCUCCACAAGAGAACCUCUGGCCUGUGACUGCAGCUGCACCCUCCACGGCAGAGCAGUCGCCUCAGCCUUCCAAAGGCCUCAGUUUUCCCAUCCCCCAGCUCUGUCUGUGGACUCUUAGCUCCCGAUGAAGACUUAUUGAGCACUGACUGUAUGCUGGAGACCCAGGAAGCCCUGGGGAGGCGCAGUGCUGUUAUGGGAUAAGCCGGGGAUCCUUUUGUUAGAUGGGGCUUUAUGUGGUAGUCUUUCAUGGCACGGGGUGUAGCGCCAAAUCCCAAAUCCCCCAAAUCCCACAUACUGUGUAGCUGGGGUCUAGAGGAAUUUGUGGGGUCCUAGCGCCCCCUGGUGGCUGAACCAUAGAUUCCCAGGCUGGGAGAUGGCCCGCAGGGGGCCGACUUCAGCAGGUCUUGUAGGCCUCACACCCACCUGUAAGGGCUGCCUAACGUGACAGUGACACUAGAUACCGGGGUCAUCUCUGGCCGGGUCCCUACUGAGCCCAGUGCACAUGACAGGGCGAAUAACCCAGAAGUAGCAGGAGACAUAGGUGGUUGGUCGUAGGAGGCCAGACGUUCCUUCCCCUGUACACUGCAGCAUUGCCCAGCCUGCUGGUUUCAGUGACCCACAGGUAACCAUCCCCACAAAUGUUGUUCAUCUCAAAUUUGGCUCUUUGUGGUAACCAAUAAAGAGGGGGGAUGUUUUACUUUGAAAACAUUGAGAAUCAUUAGUAAAUGGAAAUAAAAGCCAUAGGAAAAGGCCUCUCUGGUCCAGGCCUGUGAUCCCAGCAGGUAGUAGAGGCAGGGAUCAUCAGGACUGCCUGGGAAACUUAAGGAGACCCUGUCUCAAAAUAAAAAGUAGACAGAGUGGCCCAAG